GCCCCCGCGUCCGGUAACGCGCUCCCACCCCGCGGCCGGGCCGGCAGGCGCCCCGCUCUCCCCCCCCCCCCUCGGGCGGCGCGCGCAGCGCCAUCCCGAACAGCGAGGACGCCCCGGUGACCGGCGGCCGCCCGCCGCACAUGAGAGCGCGGCGCGAGGGGGGAGGCGAGUGCCAUGCCCACCGCGGGCCCCGACUUUGAGGCGAACUACCAGCGGGGUCGGAUUCUUGGUCGUGGGGCAUCCGGCGUGGCCUUCAUUGUGCAGGUGAAGCGUGAUCCUCAGCUGCAGUUUGUCGCCAAGGAGAUCUGCAUGGCGAGGUCGGACGAGAAGCGGCGGAAGGAGGCAAUGAACGAGUACGGCAUGCUGAAGGAUCUGAAGCACAUCAACAUCGUGAGAUGCGAGGCUGUGAUCCAGGAGAAAGACCUGCUGUACAUCGUCAUGGAGUACGCCGACGGCGGGGACCUCAGCCGCCAGAUCCAGUCGAGGCGCAGCGAGAAAGAGCGUGGCUUCUUCCCGGAGAAGACAGUGAUGAAAGUUUUCGUGCAGAUCUGCUCUGCGCUGGAGUACCUUCACUCGAAGCGCAUCCUCCACCGCGAUCUCAAGCCGGCCAACAUCUUCCUGGCGGGCGAGGGCGAGCUCAGCACCUGUGUCGUGAAGCUGGGCGACUUCGGUAUCGCGAAGUGGGUCGAGGCAAAGUUCUGGGAAGUCAUUUCUGAUGAACAUGGUAUAGAUCCUACAGGCACCUAUCAUGGAGAUUCCGACCUCCAGCUCGAGCGCAUCAACGUCUACUACAAUGAGGCCACAGGGGGCCGUUAUGUACCGCGCGCCGUGUUGAUGGAUUUGGAACCAGGCACCAUGGACAGCGUCCGUGCUGGACCUUUUGGCCAGCUUUUCCGUCCGGACAACUUCUGCGGUGGCGGAUUUGGUCAGACUGGCGCAGGGAAUAAUUGGGCCAAAGGUCAUUAUACGGAGGGCGCGGAAUUGAUCGACAGCGUGUUGGAUGUGGUCCGCAAGGAAGCAGAGGGAUGUGACUGCCUUCAAGGGUUUCAAAUGUGUCACUCACUCGGAGGCGGUACCGGAGCUGGUAUGGGGACUUUGCUCAUUUCCAAGGUGAGAGAGGAAUAUCCCGACAGGAUCAUGGAGACGUUCAGUAUCAUUCCGUCCCCAAAGGUUAGCGACACAGUCGUGGAACCAUAUAAUGCGGUAUUGUCUUUCCACCAGUUGGUGGAGAAUGCCGACGAGUGCUUCUUGCUUGACAACGAGGCCCUUUAUGACAUAUGUUUCCGUACGCUGAAGCUGACCACGCCCACGUAUGGGGACUUGAACCAUUUGGUGAGUGCAGCGAUCAGUGGUGUCACUACUUGCUUGCGCUUCCCGGGGCAGCUCAACUGCGACCUGCGCAAGAUUGCUGUGAACCUGAUACCAUUCCCGCGUCUGCACUUUUUCAUGACCGGUUUCGCGCCCCUCACGUCCCGUGGCUCCCAGCAGUACCGCGCGCUGACCGUGCCGGAGCUCACGCAACAAAUGUUCGAUGCCAAAAACAUGAUGUGUGCAGCUGACCCUCGCCAUGGUCGCUACCUGACCGCGGCGGCCCUGUUCCGCGGUCGCAUGUCCACUAAGGAGGUCGACGAACAGAUGCUUAAUGUGCAGAACAAAAACUCUUCAUAUUUUGUGGAGUGGAUUCCUAACAACAUCAAGGCUUCUGUGUGCGACAUACCUCCAAAGGGCCUGAAGAUGGCAGUUGCUUUCGCAGGUAAUUCAACAGCCAUUCAGGAAAUGUUUAAGCGCGUAGCAGAGUAUUUCACGGCGAUGUUCCGGCGCAAGGCCUUCCUGCACUGGUACACCGGCGAGGGCAUGGACGAGAUGGAGUUCACCGAGGCGGAGAGCAACAUGAACGACCUUGUCUCGGAAUACCAGCAGUACCAGGAUGCCACUGCGGAGGAGGAGGGCGAGUUCGAUGAGGAGGAGGACGGCGAGCAGUGA